UGUAACCAUGACUACUGGACGAAGCUAGACAACUUUUCCGCAGUUUCAGAGAGGGCUUGGAUGAAGGCACCGCCAACCGAGGGUAGAGGACCUACAGGCGAAAAGAAGUGCAGACGUCCUAAAAUAAGAAAAUCAUGACCACAAAAUCCCCGGGCACGAGCCCUCAAAGAUGCCUGGCUACCAACAAUGAAAAACGAGUGCCACUGACACAGAAAAAGGCCACUGUACCCAGCUGUCCAGUACCAAGCAGGGUACCAACAAAGAGACUCACCUCUCUGCUACCAAGGUCUACUAGACAUGCUGCCAGACCAGCUGGCUGCACCCAGAACCACAUAGAGCAACUGCCACCUGAGAUCCUAAUGAAGAUCCUGUGGAACCUGGAUGCCUCUUCUCUCUACUGCAUUGGCUACGUCAACAAGCUAUUAUAUAAGCUGGCCAAAAACAAUGCAAUGUGGCGUAAAAUCUAUUCUGCAAAAUAUGGGGAGAGUAAGAAAUUGAAGGCCAAGCACAUGGACGAGGUUGUGGAGAAGCUGAGUGUGAUGAAAGUUCAGGAGAGACCAGGGGGCUACUGGAGAAGGCUGUACUUUAGGACUGUAGCUGGCUACAACCACACCAAGUGGCUGAAGGAGCUGAGAACCAUCAAUCGCUUCACAGGUCUUCCCAGCCACACAGAGAGAGUCCUCAGAGAGCAGCGUGUGGCCUGGGAGAUCACAGUGUGUGACAGGUCGGUCUGUGAGGGGACUUUUGAACAGAGCCACACCUACUACAGUGACUCGUCAGUGACAUUGUGCUGGACCAACGGUUCAUGGCCCGCCUUCCACCAACUCUCUACCAUACAGCUUCACGGUGUCAAGAGAGUUCCCCUCAAAUGUCCCAGCGCCAUCAAGCCAGGCUGGAGGUCUCUGAUGGCUCAGUUGGAUAUUGACACCAUCUCUAAGAGCAGCCAGGUGAUUGGUGGAGAUAGACUGGUCAAGUUGGUGCUGCUGUCGCCAGGCAUCGUCAUCGGCAUCUGGAGGGGCCAGUCAUCCAUAGCCUUUGUGAUGGCCACCUUCCACUACCACAGGCUGUUGGAAAGGAGUCUCCUGGGCUCGUCUGUUUGCCCCUACACCAUUCCAGAGAACAGGCCUCUUUUUGAUGACGUGGACCCAAACUACGGUCUCCAUGGUUACACGCUACACAUUACCCUCCACAACACUGUGACGGAGAUCAUGUCUGGCCACUUCCCUCAGCUCUUCUGCCGGAAAGGUCAGAUCAAUGAAGGUUUCAUCCAGCUGAAUGCCAUCAUCAGGAGUAACCAGUCUCGGCAGACCCCUCUCUCUGCCAGGGUCAGCCUGCCCUGGAGGUCUGAUGCUCUGGAGGGGACUGUGAAGAACUGCUGCAUGAUGAGCCUGACUCUGCUGGAUGAGUCCCAGAUACCCUUCUGGUGUGUCAGCACGCCUGUCUCCAUGGUGCUGGCCAAUGAGGAGCCUUUCUCCUAUGACUACCAGGGCCAGCACUUCCUGAUCAAGUACAAGGAUGCAGAGGGAAAGGUACAGAUGGACGUGGUGCUGCUGGAGGAACAGAGACAGUUCUUCCUUAUUAAUCUGGUUGUCUACAUCAGCACAGUCAAAGUCAACCAGCACUUUGGGAGAGCCUACUAAGGCGACUGUUUAGGGGGUACUGUAAUUAUGUACUAUAUGAUCUCUGCCUAUUUUUUUUUUAAGGUACAUUUCCCUAUGCCUAGAGCUGUUGUGGUGACCAUAUUACCGCCACACCGGCGGACACGAGUCAUGAAGCCAGUCAAAUUCUAUGUGACCGUUUAGUCACGGUAAUUAGGCUUCUCCAAGCUCUGAUGCUGCUGCUGGUCAUUAGUAGCCUACCAAACUUGCUAACUGCCUGGUACUCAGCACUCAUUGUCUCUCUAAUCACUCUGACAUCAAUGCAAAUGUAUUUGAAAAUCUAAUCAAACACUUCAUGAGAGCCCAUCAGCUCAUGUUACGCAACAUUUCUAUAGGCUAUGCAAUUGUGGGAGAAAACAGCUAAUUAAAAGAGGAGGAUCCCAUCAGCUUUCAGCUUUCUAUAAGCUAGGCCUACUAUAUUUAUUUUCUUAAAAUUAAGAACAUUGCUUAAAUUGAAAAUAAACCACGGGGAAAAGUGUCCUCCUUUUGCUAUUUAAGUGCAUAGAUGACAUGUAUUUUUUCCCACUGCCUGUUUCCAUACAGGUGCAUGAUAAUGGUCCAUUCUAAAUCAAAAUAAAUGUCACACACAUAUUAUUUAGUAUAUGUAAAGACAAGAUUAAAUCAAGAAUAGUCUGAUGAGUGACAAUAUUAGCCUAUCACUUGUGAAUUCUAAAUUAUUACUUGUGAAUGAUGCCCCCUAUGUUUCGAAUCAUAGUCGCACAUCUCAUGUAUGUCACGAAUCUCGCCGAAGAUGGUGCCUCUUCCUGUUCGGGCGGCGCUUGGCGGUCGUCGUCGCCGGCCUACUAGCUGCCACCGAUCCCCUUUUCUGUUUCAUUUAGUUUUGUCUGAUUAGUUGCACCUGUUUCUUGUUUAGGUUUUGGUUUUGGGCUAUUUAAAACCGGUAGGCCGGCCGGCAUUUGUGCGGGCUAGUUUUCUGUUAUUUGAUGUGUGUGAUUUCUGUGGAAUGAAUUUUUUUCUCAAACCGUUUCGUCCUGCUGUUUUGGACUCUUAUUGCGCCCGUGUGUGUGGCGUUGCCCGACACUGUGGUUUUGGGAAUAAACAUUCCACAUAUCAACUA